CGCGUCCCCGCAGCCCGCGCCCUCCGCGGGCGGAAGCGGCGGUGCCGCGCGCAGCGGGGAGGAGAGGAGCGGAGCGGCAGGUGCUGCCGGGAGGCGGCGGUGGGAUGGCGGCGGGGGACGCGGAGCAGGCGCGGUACUGCGCGCGGCUCUCCUACCUGUGCCUCAAGUUCAGCCUCAUCACCUACUCCACCGCCUUCUGGGUGAUCGGAGGCCUUAUUCUUGCUGUUGGGAUCUAUGCAGAAGUCGAAAGACAGAAGUACAAGACUCUGGAAAGUGCCUUCCUAGCCCCAGCCAUCAUUUUAAUCCUUCUGGGCAUUAUCAUGUUUUUUGUGUCUUUUGUGGGCGUGCUGGCUUCCUUGAGGGACAACCUCUGCCUUCUUCAAGCAUUCAUGUACAUUCUGGGUCUGUGCCUGAUGAUCGAGCUUGCCGGUGCUGUCGUGGCCUUGAUCUUCAGAAACCAGACGAUAAAGUUUCUGAACGAUAAUAUUAGAAGAGGAAUUGAGAAUUACUACGAUGAUUUAGACUUCAAGAACAUCAUGGAUUCUGUUCAAAAGCGGUUUAAGUGUUGCGGUGGGGAAGACUAUACGGAUUGGUCGAAGAACGUGUACCACAGCUGUGCUGCUCCGGGACCGCUGGCCUGCGGCGUGCCUUACACGUGCUGUGUGCGGAACAAGACGGACAUUAUCAACACCAUGUGUGGAUACAAGACCAUUGACAAAGAGCGCUUGAGCAUCCAAGACGUCAUCUAUGUCCGCGGGUGCACCAAUGCAGUGCUCAUUUGGUUUUUGGACAACUACAGCAUCAUGGCUGGCAUUCUGCUGGGCAUCCUGCUCCCCCAGUUCCUGGGGGUGCUGCUGUCCUUGCUGUACAUCACGCGGGUGGAAGACAUCAUAGCUGAGCACAAGCUCGGCGAGAGCCUGUUUGGGGAGAUGCGGCGGCGCCCUGAUCCCGAGUUUGCCAGCCCAGGCUGCUGCAUGUGCUACCCGGGCUGAUAGCAGGAACCUCCAGAGCCCAUCAGCCUGCCUGCUGGUUUGUGCUUCUGUGGCCGUUACAGACACUGGGUGUGACUGAUCAACUCUAACUCUUCUUUGGUAUUUUUCUUAAAGCAGAAUACCAAAACCAGAGUCUCUUCUUUGCCCUGUGGUCUUAAUAUUUCUAACAUUUCCGCUGCCCCUGGGCCCCAUGCUCAGGUUGCUCCUAGCUCUUUGGGAAGUGGACCAGGUAACCACCGUGCCUACACCGCUGUGGAAUCACCAUGAGUGCCCUGUUCCACCUUGCCUUCCUCCCUCCUUGUCCCCCUCCUCCCUCUGGAGAGGCUAAAACCAGGCAGAACACUGGGGGCUGCCCACCGACCCCAAAACAGAGUGCUGCUGGCGUCACGGAAUCACAGCACGGCUUGGGAUAGAAGGGACCUGCAAGACUUCCAACCCUCUGUGCACCCUAGGGCCUCACUGCAAGCAGAGCGACCGUGCCAGCAAUUAAAGCUGUCGGCUGUAUGCUGGGAGAUGAGGCCUGGGCUCCGUGUCCUGGGCAGCCUCUCUGUGCCCUUCUCAACUUUGUUUUCUUACUGGUUGCAAAUGAGAGGAGAGAUUUCUUGCUGAUCUAAAAGGUGAAUAUUAAACACGUGUUUAAUGA